AUGCUCGAAACACAAGGCAGCGUCGCGGGCUCUCCCAUUGGCCGCCUCCCUGAGGACGUACUGGUGCAAGUAUUUCGUGAUGUCCACGCUCUGCGAGAUGACUGGGAGGAAUGCUACCGGUGGUAUAGACUCCUUUGGGUGUGCCAGGCCUGGCGCGCUAUCGCCUGCGACUUUCCGGCGCUUUGGAACGACAUCAAAGUCUCCAAGGACUUUUCACAAAGCUAUCUCGAGGCGAGCCUGGAGUACUCCAAGGACUCUCCUAUCGACGUGUCUAUCCAAGGGACGACCCCCGCGCAGAACGCAGUCGUCGUUGGCCUACUCCUUCCGCACGUCGCGCGAAUCCAUAUUCUGCACGCUCGCGGGAUGGGUGAUGCGGACGACAAAGCCCUGAGACAACUCCUCAGCCAGAAGAUGCCGAUCUUGGACGAGAUAUCGGUCAACAUCAACACCAAAUCACGGCCGAUGGGUCCAUACGAAAUCGACGAAUACGACCGGAUGCCCGGACUGCACUCGCCCGAGGAGUCGUUUGUCUGGGACCUGCGCCUCGAGCAAUUUCCCGCCCUGCGCAAGCUCUAUCUUGGUACUGGACUCAUGAUCAAGGGCCCACUUCCCGUCUUCCAUGGCCUGAAGCGUCUCGAACUCGUAGAACUCCGCCAUGGGUCGAUGACCAUCGUCCAGUUCGGCCGCUUCCUGGCGCAGCUCACGGAACUCGAGGAGCUCUGCAUCUACAGAUUCCGCCCGACCAUCGCGGGCGUCCAGUCUCCGAUGGCCUUCCCGCCGUCGCUGUGCAAGCUCGCGGUCGAGGAUAACGCGUACUACACGGCGCCGUUCUUCGAGUCCUUCCACAUCCCUGCCCACGUCGACCUUAAAAUCGCGCGCCUACGUGACUACAUGGAUCUCGGGGACUUCUCCGACGACGAUGCACUGGUACGCGCUCCGUUCGUUCAAGAUGCACUGCCGUCCGACCCCGACACGCUACCAAUUCUCAAGGACGUGACCUCGCUCGAGGUCCGUCACUACAUGAUGAGCAGCUACAGCCUGCGUGGAACGACGUGUGCCGGCCACACCGUGCGACUCAUAGGAAAACUCCCGGAAGACUGGCCGCGAGAAUACAAGGACCUGAACAGCUUCCUAGAGCUGGUCGAGGUCUUCGGGGACGCCAACGUCAGCUCUCUCUUCCUGAAUGGGAACGACAGCACGGUGAUCGACCUGGACGACUGGGAGGAGGCGCUGAACACCUGGCCGUGCCUCGAGCGCAUCGAGAUCGCGCAGACGGACUCGCUCACCAGGUUUGACGCGCGCCUCUCUCUCCUCGAUGCGCUGCUGCCGCCCGAGUUCGCAGAGGGCGAGGACCCGGAGGACACGAUGCCCGUGCCGUGGCUGAAGACGCUCACCAUUACGUCCACCGCGCUUUACAAGGAGGACGUUGAGCUCGCAGAGGCGCUCGCGAGCUGCCUGAAGGAGCGCAAGGAUGCAGGCUUCGAGCUUCAUCGGCUUCACAUCAAGCUGGAGUACAUUACGCGGCCCGAGAGGGAGCACGAGUGCGCGAAGGACAACAAGCAGCGCGUGCGGGUGUAUUCGAAGGCGCUCAAGCAUCUCGUCAAGCACCUGAAGCUGGAGGUCGUCAACGACUUCUACCCGAAGAACAGAGAGCUGGACGAUGAAGACUAGGGGACGUUAUGCGCUCCCGUUUAGCGUAGUAAUCUUGAUGAAUAGUAGAAAACAUAGUAG